AUGACUGCGAUUACUGUCCCGAGUACCGGCCACAUGCCGCCAAAUGAGGAGUCCUCUCAGGACGCCUUGGAUGCAGUGGACUAUGAUCCGGUCGAACAUUUGAAUGCCAUCUUCUCCCAUCCCUCCACCCUCUCCUCCGUCUCCCAGGUCACGGGCACUCUCCACGCCUACGAAGAUGAAUUGGACGACAAUAUCAGCGCCCUGGUCGAAGAGCAGGUCACCUCCAAUGCGGGCAGUGUGGAACGAAUCCAAACGGCCAAGGCCGACCUGUCGGAGUUGUUCAAGAAGAUCGACGAUGUCCGGGAGCGCGCGAUGAAGACGGAACAAGCUAUCACGGAUAUGACGGCCGACAUCAAGCAAUUGGACAACGCGAAAAAGAACCUCACUCUCUCCAUGACGGCCCUCAAGCGGCUCCAGAUGCUCACCACUGCCUAUGACCAGCUUCAGUCACUGAGUCGGACGCGACAAUACCGAGACUGCGCGCAGCUUCUCCAGGCGGUGAUCCAAUUGAUGGCUCAUUUCAAGUCAUACCGAUCGAUCGAUCAAAUUGCUAUCCUGAGCCGGAAUGUGGCAGAUAUACAACGGGAUCUUCUAGAACAAGUCUGUGAGGACUUCGAAAUUGCCUUUGCCAAGGGCGAGGUUGCUCAGAAGCGCGGGGUUCUCUCGGAGGCAUGUCUUGUCGUGGAUGCGCUAGGCGAGCACGCUCGAUCCCGACUUGUGACUUGGUACUGCAACACCCAGCUUCGAGAAUACCGCCAGGUCUUCCGCAACAAUGAAGAAGCCGGGUCAUUGGACAAUAUUUCCCGCAGAUACUCCUGGUUUAAGCGCAUCCUGAAGAUCUACGACGAGGAGAACGCGGCCAUCUUCCCGGUUGCUUGGAGGGUGAAUGAAAUUCUGGCUAAUGUCUUUUGUGAGGGUACUCGUGAUGAUUUCAAGGGCAUUUUGUCCCGGUCAGUGCGAAGUGGACAGGCGAUUGACGUCAAUCUACUGCUUUCGUGUCUGCAAGAGACACUGGAGUUCGAACAUUCGCUUGAAAGUCGGUUCGCGCCUUCGCGCCCGUCUACGGACACGUUCACUUCCUCAAAUGAAAACCCCGUCUUCAGCCAGUCUAUCUCCGAGGCUUUCGAGCCUUAUUUGAGUGUGUGGGUGGAUGCACAGGACAAGCAGCUCGCCGCGCUGUUGCCCAAGUACCGUCAACAACCAUUGCGACCCCCUGACGAGGAGUUCAAUUCGCAUAUAGUGAUCUCUUCCUCGACUGAACUGUUCGCAUUCUACCGCCAGUCUCUACAGCAGUGCGCCAAGCUUUCGACUGGGGGAAGUUUGGCCAAGCUGGCCAAGGUAUUUGCAAAAUACUUGGACCAGUACGCACAACAGGUGCUUCUCAACUAUAUCAGCGAACGACCUAGUGCUCACACACCCUCAAAGGUGCCAACCAUUGAGGAUUUGGUUUCCGUUCUUAACACUGCCGAUUACUGCUACACUACGUGCACUCAGCUGGAAGAGAAGAUCAAGGGUCGGUUGGAUGAGUCUCUCAAGCAAUCCGUGGACCUCCAGAGCCAGGCAGAUUCAUUCAUGGGCAUUGCUUCUGCCGCUGUGCGAGGCCUUGUCCGGCAAGUCGAGGUCGAACUGGAACCGAGUUGGCGAGAAAUGCGCAACACACCCUGGAGCAAAAUUGAGGCUGUCAGUGACCAAAGCUCGUAUGUGAGCGAGCUACUAUCGCGCACUAAAGGGAAAGCCUCGGAGAUCUUGCAAUUGCUGCAUAAGCAACAGUAUGCUCGGGCCUUCUCCGAUCACCUGGUCGAAUUGAUGUCAAGUUUGUUCAUCAGCAAUGUCUUCCAGUGCAGGCCUGUGUCGGAGACAGGCGCUGAACAAAUGCUUCUCGACUCAUAUACGCUCAAGAGCGGGCUUUCAUCUCUCCUACCUGCCCCCGCCCCAGCUGGAUUCGUAAAGCGCGUCAACGCCAGCUUCUUUAAGAUCGAAACUCUCCUCAAAACACUACAAGUCCGACCAUCGCCUCCCGAGGCCUUGGUGCAAGCAUACCUCAUCCAUAUCGCGGACCGUAACAACAACAAUUUCCGCAAGAUUCUCGACCUCAAGGGGAUUCGUAGCCGGCAGGAACAGAAUCAUCUCGUCGAGCUCUUCCAGCUACACCGUCAAUCUGACCGCUACGCAUCAAAUCUCCAACCAAGCAAUCCAAUUCUCAACGCUCUCCAAGCACCGGCUGCUACCACCACGGGAUCGGUCUCGCAAGGACUGGGACUUAGCGGUGCUGGAUCGAUGCCUUCACGGUUUGAUGCCUCCAUGCUGGGCUCUGCCAUCAUGUCCGCCGCCAAGGACGGUGUCGAUCGUUUCGGAAACCCUAGUCUCAGCGCACUUGGUGCUUCCGGUGUUCCUGGCAUCACAGGCACGCCCCCGUCUGUCUCUGGGUUCUCGGGUCCAUCAGGCACGCCUUCUCCUGCGCCGACUUCAUCUGCCCAACAGAUUGGCCAUGCGCAUACCCCCUCGGAAUCGACUGCUGCUGCCAAUCUCAAUGAGAAUUUGAAGAAUAUUGGGAAGUUCUUCCGUCGUGAUCUGGGUGGCUUUGGGGGUCGGUUUGGACGUGGCGCUGAUGAUGCUGCGUAA